GACAACAUCCUCCGCACGCGGACCUACGACCUGAGCAUCACCUACGACAAAUACUGGCAGACGCCGCGCAUGUGGCUCUUCGGCUACGACGAGGCCAGCGCGCCCCUCACGCAGCCCCAGAUCUUCGAGGACAUCCUGUCGGACUACGCGAAGCGCACCGUGACCUUCGAGCGCCACCCGCACCUCGACCACCCCCACGCGUCCAUCCACCCCUGCAAGCACCCCAACGCCAUGAAGAAGAUCAUCGACAACGUCUCCAAG